AUGUGGUAACCCAAAGUCAUCUUCUAACAUUUUUCCUUUAUUGCCCCUGCCCCUCUAAUCUGUGGAUUGUGAGUAGACUAAACUGCUUCUGCAGGCACAACAUCUCCUGGAUCUGCUGGUUGCUGUUCUUGAUCAGCUUGAGCCGUCUGGUGGUUGCUUGACUUGUCUUGAUCAUCUUUAUCCUUGCCCCAAAUUACGAGGCAUGAAGAUGAUGGGAUUUCAUUCAUACACUGUAAGUAUAGGCCAAGAGUUUGGCAUCCCAGUGAAUUGCCCAGGCUGCACUGUUUCCUCUCUCAGCAACCAGAGUCAAUAUAGUUCCUUGGAGUGCCCCCACCCCACAUAUCAGGCAAGUCAGGGAGAGUCCAGCCGAAUAUGAUUUCAACGUAAUCGCCUAUAUGAAAACACAAGUUGUGAGUCAAAUCAUAGAGAUGUGACUAUGUGAGCCACUACAAACAUAUUUCUACUCCUGUUUAAGAGCAUUUCGAUUCCUUUUUUUCGAAAUGAUUCCGUUGUAGAUAUUGUUUCUUUCUCUUAUAAACAUAUUUCAACCACAUAGUUUGUAAUUUAUUUUACCUGAAGUGUGUAAAAGCCAGCCCAACAGAAGCAACCUGCAAUGAUCAUGGCAGCCCCCUUAAUAGAACUCUGCUGAUCAUGAUGAUGAUGAGCAUUAACAACAACACUUGAAGAUUGGGCAUGAUGAUGAUGAGAUUCCUCUUGUGUCCAUGGCAAACCUAUGAUGGGUCCUUUGACAAGAGUCAUGACCAUUGCACCCCCAACGGUUACCGCCGUGCCCAAGAUCUUUGCCUGGCUUCGUAAUUCCCUCACAUUCACUUUCUCAAGCCUGCAGUAAAAUGAGAGUUUUUUAAACCUUAGCUGGUGGGACUAUUUUCAAAUUAUUACGGCGGUAAACAAUGUGACCUGAAGAUCCAUGCUAGGAGGAAGGUGAUGGCGGGUAAAACAUUGCUUAAUGCCGUGGUAAAUGUUGCUGUUGUGUAUUUCAUCCCUAUGUAGUACAAGUUCUGAUCAAUCACCGGCCUGUCCACAAUAUAUGAGACCUACCUUUCGAAGAACAAGGCGAACGGGGCGAAGAACACUGCGGCAGUGGCAUUCCGGUAGACGGCGAAAGUGUAAUGGCUCAUGCCGCCGUUAAGAGCCGACUUGGCGAUUAUGGCCAAACCUGCAUACCCAAAUUGCAACAAGAUGACCCCAAAAUAUGGCUUAGAUUUCUUCAAUAGUCUAGUUAACCUCCCAUUUGCCACCAUUGUUGUAUUAUUUGUUAUAUAUAUAGCCUUUGCCUCUUGGCUUGGUAAAGAUCAUUUACUAAUUACCAUAUACUAUCUUGUGUAAAAUAUUAUGGCUCAUUCUCUUAGCCCUAUAUAUAUAUACACACACAUGUGUGUGUGUGUUUAUGUAUGUAUAGGCCUUUCUAUAUAUACAUGAAUAUUUUGCGCUAAGCUUUUCGGGCUAGCUAAUUUUCGUUAGAUUGGGCAUAAUAACUUCGUCCCGAUCCAAAAGCGGCCCCGAAAUUUAGCUCAAGAAGUGAUGAUUGCCCUCCAUAAAAAGCAAGGAUUGGA